UGAAGGGAACCACGUGGGCAGCAUGGAGAGCGAGCAGCGGCGCUUCGACUCCGGCGAUCUGCCUUCUUUGCGCCGGAUCGUGUGCGAGCAAGGGCCGAUCUCCCGCCCCGACGGCUCCGUCUCUUGGAUGCAGGGGGAUACCUCCGUGUUAGUUGGGGUGUACGGACCCACAGAAGUGAAGGUCAGCAAGGAAAUUUACGAUAAAGCGACUCUGGAGGUUCUGCUGAGACCGAAAGUUGGCCUGCCAGGGGUCUACGAAAAAAGCAGAGAACAGAUGAUCAAGAAAACCUGUGAGGCAGUGAUUCUGGGCACCUUGCAUCCCCGUUCGUCUAUUACAGUUGUUCUCCAGGUGAUUACAGAUGCUGGAUCUCUGCUUUCCAGCUGUUUGAACGCCGCCUGCGUGGGACUGAUGGACGCAGGGCUGCCCAUGAGUUCCUUGUUCUGCGGAGUGACCUGCGCCUUGGACGCCGAUGGGAACAUCCUCCUGGAUCCCACCGCGAAGCAAGAAAAGGACGCCCCUGCGGUGUUGACCUUCGCCAUCGACAGCGUUGAGAAGAAACUCCUGCUCUCCACCAUGAAGGGGACAUGUUCCGAAGAACAGCUUCAGCAAUGCAUCGCCACCGCACAACGAGCGGCCGAAACCAUCUUCCGCUUCUAUCAAGACGCUGCGUGCAGGAAGUACUCAAAGUGGUGACUGCUCUCCCCUCCCCCCAUCACCAGUGCAGUGGGACAUUUCCUAAGGAAGAGGGGCGGACGCACCCAAGACCUUUCCAGCAGCCGACUCCGCCUUCCAGAUGCGCGCAGGCUGCUGUUAACCCAGGUUGGGGAAGCAGCUGGCAGGUGGGACGCUAACAAGCUAGGAAUGCUGGCUACCUAAACACUGACGAACCUCAGCAUCUGGGAUUUAUUUCCAAAAUGCAUGUUAAACGUCCCCUUCCUGCCUCCGGAAAAUGUUUCCUGAUCCAGUUCGAUUCUUGCUCGAUUUUAUCUACAUUUUUUCCACUCAACUGGUUCGGCCCAUCCUGUUCUGUUCUUCGCUAUUUCUUGUCUCCUGCCUGAACUAAUCACCAUGGGUUUUGGCAAAGCCAGCCACACGUCGUCUUCCCUGCCAUGACCAGGAAGAAGCAAAGGAAGAAUUCAUCCUGGUUUGCUUAAAGGAAGAAUUUAUCCUGGAUUGCUUAAAGGAAGAAUUCAUCCUAGUUUGCUUAAAGGAAGAAUUUAUCUUGGUUUGCUUAAAGGAAGAAUUUAUCCUCGAUUGCUUAAAGGAAGAAUUCAUCCUGGUUUGCUUAAAGGAAGAAUUCAUCCUGGUUUGCUUAAAGGAAGAAUUCAUCCUGGUUUGCUUAAAGGAAGAAUUCAUCCUGGUUUGCUUAAAGGAAGAAUUCAUCCUGGUUAGCUUAAAGGAAGAAUUUAUCCUCGAUUGCUUAAAGGAAGAAUUCAUCCUGGUUUGCUUAAAGGAAGAAUUCAUCCUGGUUUUCUUAAAGGAAGAAUUUAUCCUGGUUUGCUUAAAGGAAGAAUUUAUCCUGGUUUGCUUAAUGCUCACCAUUUUUUUUUUUUUUAAUCUCUUGCAUGUCAAUUAUUAGUCUGGCUCGUACAUCACCUGAAGCUACCAAUUUUGAUCAGCUGGCUUGAUGGCAGGGGGUUGGACUAGAAGACCUCCAAGGUCCCUUCCGGUUAUUCUGUUCCGCUUAGUUGGAGAAGCAGCACGCUGGGCCAAGGUUCACCAGCCUCCGGUGGGUCACCUGGAAAACAUCAUCUUGCUCCCACUCCUCUUAGAGACGUAAAUCUCCAAGCCGUUUCUUCAAAAAUAAAACUUUGGGAUGUUGAAGGCGGGAGAAACAGAUAACUGGACUUCAGGAAUGACCUGUUGUUUCCACCCCACUCCAUUUAAACAAAAAACUUUCCCUAAUCAGUAGAGGGAGCUGUAAUAUCAGCAGAAGAAUUUCAGCCCUGCAACUCCCUCUAUUAAUGAAGGGGGGGGGGAAACUGCCCUCGAUUGAGGACUCUGGACUUUUGCUGCGUCUGUAAAGAAAUUAAUGUCACGAAUAAAAUAGCAAAGAGGAAAUCCCA